UCCUCCAUUCUGUGCAUGCACCCCCCUGCCCCUAAGCAUAGGAUCAUUGUCCCUGUUCCUGGAAUUCCUUGCCUGCUUCCUUAUUCCGCUGCCCACAUCUCCAGCUACUUGGACUUAGGAUGUAAACUUCAUCUAACAUUUUUUAUUUUUACUAUUAUUUUGGGGGCUAUUGAUGGUUUUUGUUGCCCCUUUGAGGCAGUGAGGGGAGUUCUGUAUUGUGCCCCCCACUCAAUGACAGAGGUUGGAGAGUUUGAGGCUACCCCUGGAUGCUGGUGGUAUUAAAUGUUUUGAUGUACCGCACUCUCUACAAAGAAACACCGGGCCGGAACAAUGCAACGUAGUACGCAGUAUCGAAUAUCUCAUUUACUUCUCUUCAUAUCCAUGUUAGCCUGUGGAGGCGGCCAUGCGCAGGCACAGAGAGCAGGCUGCAAGAACGUCCAUUACGAUCUGAUCUUCCUCUUGGAUACGUCUUCAAGCGUGGGCAAAGAGGACUUCGAGAAGGUGCGCCAGUGGGUCGCCAACCUGGUGGACACGUUCGAGAUCGAGGCGGAUAAAACCCGCGUGGGGGUCGUCAGAUAUAGCGGAAAGCCCAGCACGGAGUUCGACUUGGGACGAUACCAAACGCGCGAUGAAGUGAAGAACGCGGCGAGGAAUAUUAAAUAUUACGGCGGGAAUACAAACACGGGAGAUGCCCUGAGAUACAUCACCAGGUACAGUUUCUCGGAGGAAGCCGGUGGUAGACCAAGCGACAGAGCCAUCAAGAAAGUGGCCAUCCUUUUGACUGACGGUAGGAGCCAGGAUCUGGUCUUAGAAUCGGCGACCUCAGCGCAUAAAGCUGGCAUUAGGAUUUUCGCCGUCGGCGUUGGGGAAGCCCUGAAAGAGGAAUUGGAUGAGAUCGCCUCCGACCCCAAGUCAGCCCACGUGUUCCACGUCUCUGACUACAACGCCAUCGAUAAAAUACGAGGAAUCUUGAGAAGGCGACUCUGCGAAAAUGUCCUUUGUCCGAAUGUUAAAAUCGAGGGCGAACGUUUCAAGCAUACGAAUGGAGAAAAAGAUGAAAUUCCAGGUUUCGAUCUCAUGGAUUUAUUCAACGUGAAAGAAAUAUUUGGAAUGAAAGAGAAUGAAGUCCAAAGCUCCUACGUACGCCUGGGAACCUUCCCCAUCGUCCAGCAGACUGAGGACAUAUUCCCGCAGGGCUUGCCUGACGAAUACGCGUUUGUGACCACAUUCCGAUUCCGGAAGGCAUCAAGGAGAGAAGAUUGGUAUAUCUGGCAAAUCAUCGACAAGUACGGCAUCCCGCAGGUAUCGUUACGAUUAGACGGAGAGAAUAAAGCCCUGGAAUACAGUUCUGUGGGGGUCGCCCAGGAUGCCGUGAAAACGGUCUUUCGUAGCGCGCAAGUCAGCAACAUCUUUGACCGGAACUGGCACAAGAUCGCCCUCAGCGUCCAGUCCAAGACCGUGUCCUUGUAUAUCGACUGCCAGCUGGUAAUGACUUUGCCCAUCGAAGAAAGGGAGAACAUCGACAUCCAAGGAAAGACUGUGAUCGGCAAGCGCCUCUAUGACAGCGUCCCCGUCGAGUUUGAUCUCCAGCGGAUUGUUAUAUACUGUGAUUCGCGCCACGCGGAGCUGGAGACCUGCUGCGAUAUCCCCAACGGGCCGUGUGUCGUAACAGUUGUUACCGAGCCACCCCCACUGCUGACGACACCUACCGGGGUAGAACAGAGGGGCACGGAAAAUACCAUCAGCUGUGCAAAUUGCCCUUUCGGAGAAAAGGGAGAGCAGGGACUUCCUGGUCCAUCAGGUCCAAAGGGAGAAGCGGGGACUGCUGGAUCACCGGGCCCAAAGGGAGAGAAGGGUGAACCCGGACGAGUUCAGGCUGCAAAAGGAGAAAAAGGAGAUCAGGGUGAAGAAGGGAAAGUAGGACCUCCAGGCAGUAAAGGUGAAAGAGGAGAGAAGGGGUCCCUGGGUCUCCCUGGUCCUUUUGGAAGAGAUGGGGCAAAAGGAGAGAGGGGAGAUAAAGGCGAGAAUGGUGAAAUUGGGAUAGCUGGCCCCCCCGGUCCCAUGGGAUUAGAAGGACCCAGGGGACCAGAGGGCCCACCAGGCCAAACCGGAUCGCCGGGCUUACAAGGUGAAAGAGGAGAGAGGGGUUCAAGAGGAGAAAAGGGGGAGAGAGGAAUUGAUGGAUUUCCUGGAAAGCCGGGGUCCGAGGGCAGAGAAGGUCUUAAAGGCAGCGCUGGACCACCCGGUGUCGCGGGCGUUAAAGGAGACAGGGGUGACAAAGGAGAAGCUGGACCACCAGGACUGCCGGGGAAUGUUGUCCAGAUGGAAGGACUAAGAGGUGAACAGGGAUUGCCUGGUCCUCGAGGGCCGCAGGGUCCUAUUGGACCACCUGGAGCAGUUGGACCCGAAGGACCUAAAGGAAGCCCUGGACUGCCAGGUCUCGAAGGACAAAGGGGGCCGAAAGGAGGAGAUGGUUUGCCGGGAGUGGAUGGCCUUCCUGGACCUCAAGGACCCCCAGGGCCGCCUGGAGUUACUGGACCGCCAGGAGAUACAGGUCUUCAAGGCUUGCCGGGUGAAAUAGGCUUCCCUGGAAAACCAGGAAAAAUUGGAUUAACGGGAGCGCCUGGAAAAGCUGGGAUGGACGGUCUCCCCGGACCAAUUGGCCCAAAGGGUGAGAAAGGAGAAGGCGGGUUGGAUGGACUUCCCGGAAAAACAGGUCCAAAGGGUGAAGAUGGUGAACGGGGUUUAUCUGGGCGUCCAGGAGAAAAGGGUGAAGCUGGACCUCCCGGGUUGACUGGUUCACAGGGACUAAAGGGAGAUAAGGGAGACCAGGGAGAAAAGGGAAAUAUUGGCCAAUCUGGACAUAAAGGAGAACAGGGAAUUAAGGGCGACACCGGGUUACCUGGUCCACCUGGAACAGCAGGAAGCGUGCAAACUGUAGUUGCAGAACCUGGAAUCCCAGGGCUGCCAGGUGAAAAAGGAGAAAAGGGAGAACAAGGAGAAACUGGAGAAACAGGUCCACAAGGUGUAGCCGGAAUACAAGGUCCUGAAGGCCCUGCUGGACCACAGGGUUUCAAAGGUCAAGAAGGAAUGAAAGGAGAUCCUGGACUGAAAGGUGACAUUGGUCCGCCAGGUCCAGUUGGGCCACCGGGAUCCCGUGGCUUGCCUGGAAACGUGGGGAGUCCCGGAGAAAUGGGGUUGACUGGGAAGGAUGGACAAAAAGGAGAAAAGGGUGAGCCAGGCAGAGAGGGAAGGAUGGGACCUCCUGGUCCACAAGGAGAAAUUGGUCUCGCUGGCUUGCCUGGACUACCAGGGAAAGGCAAGGACGGAGAACCGGGAGAACGUGGCCCAAUGGGUCCGGCAGGACAGUCCGGGAUGAAGGGGGAUAGAGGACCUCCCGGAGUCCCAGGGCAGCCAGGAAGCAGAGGACCCCCCGGUAUAGGAAUCGAUGGCUCUCCAGGUCCAGCCGGAGCCCCAGGAGAGAAAGGAUUACAGGGAAUAAGAGGUUUGAUGGGACCUCCGGGUCCUCAGGGGCCACCGGGACAAGAUGGCUUCCCAGGGAACCCAGGAGAGCGAGGACCUCCCGGUGAACCAGGUCCAGCUUCACUCCUUUCUCCGGGGGAAGUGAGUUUCCUCGUUAAGGAUAUCUGCAGAGACUGCCCACCAGGACCCCCAGGUCUUCCCGGAAUUCCCGGAGUCAAAGGAGAUAAAGGGCUGCGCGGAUCCCCAGGGAGAGACGGAAUCGACGGGAAAAAGGGAGAGGCUGGUGUCACGGGCCCUCCUGGACCAACUGGUUUGGAUGGAAUGAAGGGCAGCAAGGGAGAUCGCGGGGCACACGGAGAGACUGGGCAAAAAGGCGAACAGGGACUUCCCGGAAUGCCUGGUUUUAUCGGAUCACCUGGUAGCCCCGGAACACCUGGAACAGAUGGUCCUCCAGGUCCUAUGGGUCCACCAGGCACCAUGGGAGAAACUGGUAAAGAAGGUCCUCCUGGACCUAAAGGUCCACCCGGAUUACCAGGAUUUACGGGCAUUCAAGGGAAAGAUGGGAAGGAUGGGAAGCCAGGAACCCCAGGGGAGCCGGGAAAGCCAGGAGAACUUGGACCUCCGGGCAGAGAAGGACCUAGAGGGUUGCCGGGCUUCAAGGGACACAGAGGUGAUGCCGGGGGCCCUGGACCCAGAGGAGAACCAGGAGUUCCAGGUCCUCCAGGACGUCAAGGAAACUCAGGAAAGGAUGGAGACCCAGGACCUGCAGGACCCCAGGGACCGCGAGGGAUACGAGGACCGUCUGGUAAAAACGGACAGCCUGGCCCUCCCGGUAAUCCUGGUGCCCCCGGCAUAGCUGGCCCUAAAGGUACCAAAGGAGAUCACGGCACUGCUGGGGUCCCAGGAUUUCAAGGGCCCCAGGGCCCGAGGGGUGAACCUGGAGAGAGUGGAAUUCCUGGCAAAGAGGGAUCACCAGGAAAACCAGGUGAAAAAGGACCUAAAGGAGAAAGGGGAGAUCCUGGCAACAAAGGAGAUAAAGGUCCUCAAGGAGAGAAAGGCACUGCGGGUGAGCCCGGCCCACCAGGACAUAAAGGCCAUACAGGAAUAAUGGGCCCACAAGGACCACCUGGUGAAAGAGGAACAUCUGGAACCCCAGGUUCACCAGGACCCCCAGGAUCAACUGGUCCGAAGGGAGAUUCCCCAUCAACCGAUACGCUACGAAGACUCAUUCAGGAAGAACUGGGAAAGCAGCUGGAAUCUAAACUAGCCUACCUCAUUGCUCAAAUGCAGCCGGCGCCCAUCAAGUCUGCCCAGGGAAAGCCAGGACCCCCAGGGACACCUGGAAAAGAUGGGCGUGAUGGUAGACCAGGUCCACCUGGAGAACCCGGAUUACCAGGACAGAUGGGGCUUGAAGGACCAGUUGGGCCAAUGGGUCCAAAAGGUGACAGAGGAUCAAAAGGAGACAGAGGGGAACCUGGCGUCGGACAGAGAGGUGAAACUGGCCCACCUGGAAAUCCAGGUCAACCUGGGGAACCCGGCUACGCUAAAGAUGGACUACCAGGCACACCAGGCCCUCAAGGAGAACCGGGACUUCCAGGACUUCUUGGACCUCAAGGACCUCCUGGGGUCAAUGGACAGUGUGACCCAUCACAAUGUGCAUACUAUGCAAGUCUGGGUUCAAGACCCAGCAACGUCAAAGGACCCUAAGCGGCCAUUCUAAAUCCCAGAGGACCUGUGGACCUGAAACUUGAAUUUAAUGCUGGUUUCAAGCCUUUAUUCCCGGAGCCCCCGACAAUGUCAGACCUGUCCAUUGGCCUCUUCAACCCUACGGAAACACGUGUUAGGGACAUGGUUGAGUUUCAGUAUUUUUCCGCUUUCGUGUUUGCUUUUUUAACAGACAAAACCAACAAUUACUGCCGGUCGGUCAAAACCAUUCGUUUUCUUAUUUUUACUAUCACUAUUUUUGGGAAGGAACUGUACUUUGAAAUAGUUUUGGUUUUAUGAUAUUCCGGUGCAGCAACAAUCAUGAUUUUAGCUGUC